AUGGAGCCUGGAGAUACAGCAAGAUUGCCUACACCGAUCUUAAUUUUUUUGGACCAUACAAUUGCAGCUACUUGCCUGAGAGGAAUACAAACUGUUAACGAUAAAGAAUUUGUUUGCAGUGAAGGAAAUUUUGAUGGAGGCAACUUUUACAUGGCUAAAUUGGAAAUUAAAGUUGAAAUGACGG